AAGACUCUAGCGUUUGUUCUAAAAGGUAAACUGAGAGGUAAGCAAUUCGUUUGCAACUACUCAGCAUGCCAUCUAAAGUCCUAAGUCGAGUUUGUCGUCUCUUACAGUUCUACAAAUGCAAUAGAGUUCAAGUAAAAUCGUUUGCAGAAGACAUGAAUGAUCAAAGAUACAGUCUCCAAGACAAACUACUUCAAAAGGGAAAGAAGUUCGGACAGACUGAACCACCACUAUGCGAGUUUCUAAGAGGUAUUUUGGACAAGUAUCCCGUCGGAGGACAGAUUCUAAAGGAACUGAUUCAAAAUGCAGAUGACGCUCGUGCAAGAGAAGUGAACUUUCUCCUUGACAGUAGAAGUGACGCGUAUGGGAAUUCCACGUUGUUACAUCCAUCUCUUGCUAAAUUUCAAGGUCCAGCGUUGUACGCUCAAAACGAUGCUCUAUUUGAAAGUGAAGACUGGUCGAGCAUUCAGUCUCUCAACCGCAGCGUAAAAAGAGAAAACCCUUUGAAAAUUGGAAAGUUUGGCAUUGGAUUCAAUUCCGUGUACCACCUGACAGAUUUUCCGACAAUCGUUAGUGGUAACACGAUUGGAUUUCUAGAUCCACACAAACGCGUUUGGCCUGGAGAGAGUGGUGCGUGUUACAGUUUUGAUGAUGCGAAGAUACCCCAACUGAAGUCUCAGUUCGAACCACUCAACGUUUUUAGAUGCAACGUCUUUGAGUCAACAUACUAUAACGGAACGCUCUUUCGUUUUCCACUGAGACAAGAAGAUUCGGAUUCGAAAAUCAGUUCUAGUGUGUGGGACACAGCCAAAAUAUUGGAUGUUGUAUUCAAGUCUUUCGAAGUUGAUGCUCAUCUCACUUUGUUGUUUUUGAAGUCUGUAGAGAAGAUAUCGUUGUAUCACUGGAUGCCAGGCAACCAGGAACCCCACAUAAUCUUUUCAACCACACUAUCUGACAGAAAUGAAGUGCGUACAAAAAGAGGUGAACUACUGGACUGCGCACAAAAUCUUUCUAUGCAAACAACCUGCGUAGAGAAUUGUUUCCGUGCAGAAGUAAUCUGUACGUAUCCAGGAGAGGAUCCGGUCGCACAAAGUUGGAUGGUGUUGCAUAGAAUUGAUAACAGCGACAGUGAUGUUCAAGAGAUGGCCGACACUUUGCAUUUGACACCGUGUAUUGGGCUCGCUGUUCCAGUCGGACAAAAGACCAAGCAUGCGGCUAAGCUCGGCAGAGUAUUUUGCUUUCUUCCGCUGCCCCCGACUGAUGACGAUAGCAGUAUGUGUGGCCUGCCUCUCCAUGUUCAUGGAUCUUUCAGCGUAGCUGACGACCGCAGAAGUCUUAGUUGGCCUGCAGAAGACAGGCAGCACGACCCUAAAGCACAAUGGAAUUAUCUUCUCCUAGAGCGUGUUCUUCCAGUCGCUUACGCCAGUCUGAUUUACAUUUGCACUGGUCAAGCUGGUACAGAUUGGGACAUCGAUCUAGACGAUAUAUACAGUGCUUGGCCUGUUCCAAGCAAUGUCAGAGAGCACUGGAAGCAAAAAGUCCUACCCGUGCUCUUUCCGCUGCUCUCUAGCAAAAGCAUCUUGUAUACUGAUGCACAAGGUGGAAAGUGGAUUCGAGCAGAGGAAGCGAUCGUACAUGCAUGCAAACACGCUGCAUCAUCGCACGACUUAGCGGAGCAAAUUGCAAAGCAGGUCAUGAUAUCUAAAAGCAUUUGCGUUGUUUCUGUCCCGCACAAUGUUGACGCAUGCUUGUCAGACCUAACCUUUUCGAUGAAACGGCUCAGUCCGAAAUUCGUUAGGGAUAAUCUACGCGGCCAAACGAGCCUUCUGUCUCUUACUCGUCCCGAUCAGCUUGAACUACUAAAGUAUAUCCUACAAGAUAAAGCGUAUUCAGAGUUACAAGGCGUGAGACUCCUGCCAGUCGCUGAUCGUACAAUGAAGAGAUUUGAAACAAGACAUCUAACAGCCAGCCCUGUUUACAUCAGCACUGAUGAAUGCCCCUUGUCUUUGUUUCCCGGUCUUGAAAAACAUUUCGUAGAUUCGUCAGUCGAUGGUGACAUAUAUAAUCACCUGACCAAUGUCAAGAUGACGGAAGCGACCCAAAUUCGCCAGCUAUCAUCUGCCAAAGUGCCAGUUCUGAUUAAAUCAAUCCUGCCUCUAAGCAAAUCGCUCAGAAUAGAAUGGCCAUCGGAGAAUCCCGUUAUUACCGACAGCUGGCUUUCUAUAUUAUGGAAAUGGCUAUAUCACCAUCCAGAGAUUCUUUCUUCAUUUACAGACUGCCAUAUAAUUCCGUGCCCUUCAAACAAGUGCCUCGUGCAACUGGCUUCAGAUAAGCCCGUCAUUUUUCGACAACAACGUGAAACAAAUCUACAACUUGGCCACGAAGUGGUAGAAGGACUUCGAUGCCUUGGCUGUGUUGUUGUGGACAGCUGCGUACAAUACAUGAUCAACCAUUCCGAGAUUAACCACUACAUUUUGCCGCCAUAUCGUGUUUUGUCCUGCUUGGCUAGACUACCUGACAACACUUCGGAUGCCCUGAUACAACUGCCACUCAAAGCAAGACAGCCUCUUCUUUCUUACUUAUCUCGGAUACUCGGUAUCAGCAAGUCGAUGAGUAACGAAGAGAAAUCGGUUUUGUACAAACUUCCGUUGUUUCAACUCCGAAACAGCUCGGAAAGAACAUCGAUCGAGUUAUGUGCAAGAAUAGCUCCGAGUCCAGCUGAUCUACCUGACCGGUUGCUUGUCAAACAGCAGUUGAUCAAAUAUCCCAAUGAAGUCGAGAGCAAGGUGCUGAGAUCUAUUGCUCAAUCACAAUUCUUAAUUUUCAAAGAUGUCAUCCAAAGUCUAGUGUUACCAUGUUUUAAUAGCUACUUGCCUCCUGAAAGAUUAACGUUAGCAAAGUAUAUUCUGGAACAUCGACACCUCUCAGAUUCUCAAAUCUUCAAGACACUUGAAAGGUUGCAAUUUGUUCCUGUCUCAUCGGGAGACUUGAAGUCACCUGUAGAGGUCUUUGAUAGAAAUGAAGAGCACAUUACCAAAAUUUUUAGUGAAAAACCUGUGCUGUCCUCCGAUCGUCAACUUGAAAAACUAAUUCACUUAAGCCCUGUGCGUUUUAGAAAGCUAUGCUCGAUAACCGCCGAUGAGCUUUUGUCGCUUGCUCACGAAGCCAGUGAAGGAAACCAUGAGAAAGCUAAAUGCUUGAUUUCAAUGAUAGCAAAGGAGACCUGGAUGAAUAUCAAGCUGCAAGAGAAAGUACCGACGCAAUAUUCACAAUAUUCUAGUCUUGCAGCUGCUCUUUCUCAGAUACCAUGGUUACCGUGUCUGACGAAGCGACCACCCAGUUACCCAAAUUCGAUUCCAUGGAAAGCAGAAUCCAUCAAAACAAGUAAACCAUCCGAAACGUAUGUUGCUUCACGUCUUCAAGAACGAAUGUUUAGUAUAGCUGGCAGUCAACAAGUAUUUCCCGACUUCAACGUGCCUCUCGGAAACGAGACAGUACAAAAACUGAAAUUUGCUACGCUAACGUAUGAUAAAAUUCUUGAGCAUCUAAAGACAGCAGUCGAUUGUUGGGCUGCUGGAAGAGUGGCUACUCAUGAUGACCAAGAUCGGUUUGGAAACAUGAUGUGCACGAUACUAGAUUUUCUAGGUUCAGCACAGAGUCAGCCUCAAUAUAGGUACUUGCUAAGCCAACUGAAACAGUGGAAUUCGCAAUCUAUUGAUUGGAUAUGGUUAAACUCCAGAUAUGGAUUAGUUCAAUUAUCUCAACUUGUCUUGAAGUCGAGUGACUGCAGACUAGAAGAUUGGAGAUUUUCAACAUCAAAUUUUAGUCAUCUUAGAAACUGUGUGCAACUGUUCAAAGACCUUGGUAUGAAAGACCGGUGGGAAGACUGGGACUUACUUUCUUUACUGAAAGAAAUACAGAAGUCUUAUUCUACAAAAUGCCAUGUUCCUACAAAGAAUAGAGUGCAGCAAGACUUGCGUCUGUCUCUACACGUCUUGAAUCUGCUAACUAGAGGCAAAGACGUGCUUCCCGUAGCCCUGCAAAAAGAAGUCUGCGUUCCUGUUGACAGCCCCGAAGACCGACUGGAAUUGGCUCUAAGCUCAGAAGUAACUUACUGCGAUGCCACAUGGCUUCACAAAGUAGACAAACACGACAAGCUAGUAGGUAAUUGUAAGUUGAUUCAUCGUAAAGUACCUCACGAUACCGCUUACGCUCUGGGUGUGCCAUCUCUCAUUCAUCGAUUGGCCCCUUCCGAAGAGCUGGACUUCGAAGUCGAAGAAUUUGGCCAACAUGAACCGCUUACUGUUCGUUUGAACAACGUUUUAAAGGAAUACAAGAACGACUCGAGUAUUUUCAAAGAACUCAUUCAAAACGCUGACGACGCUGGUGCAACUGAAGUAAAGUUUCUGGUAGACUGGAGGCAACACCCAACGUCCUCUCUUCUUUCUCCUGGAAUGGCUGAUUGCCAGGGCCCAGCCUUACUUGCAUAUAACAAUGCGAGUUUCAAAGACGAUGAUUUUGUCAACAUAGCUAAAUUGGCAGCUGCAACAAAAUGUAAACAUCUCGGCAAGAUCGGAAGAUUCGGGGUUGGGUUUUCUUCUGUUUAUCACUUGACUGAAGUGCCAAGCAUCGUCAGUGGCAAGUAUAUUGCUAUUUUCGACCCUCACAGAAAACAUUUGGGAAAGUAUAUUCAAAAUCCUGCCAAGCCGGGUGCGAAAAUUGAUUUCAUAAAGACGCCACUCUGCGUUCGCUUUCCAGAUCAAUUUGCACCUUAUUGUGGAAUAUUUGGCUGCACUCUAGACUCCUCGGUACCGUAUACAAACACUCUGUUUCGCUUUCCCUUUCGCACCAAAAAACAAGCCAAAGUAAGCGAGAUAAAAAGGGAAACGUGUGACCGCACAAAAGUGAAGCAACUGAUUAGAGAUUUAGAGGCAGUUGCCAAUAAGCUCCUUCUUUUUCUAAAUCACGUUCGCUCUGUAGAGGUGUUCGAAUUACGUCGUGACCACAUGGAACGCCUAAUACAUGUCGAAUCUAAGGAGUUGCAAUUGACAAAACUUGCCGGUCUUCCUUCUUACCAAGAUCUUGUUCGUCGCUGCCAGUUACUGAUAAAAGGCGAACGUUUGUCGGCCAGCAGUCCAUCUUUAGACACAACAGCGGCUGUAAUUAAAAUCAGUAAAACACUGCCAGUUGACAAGCCUGUACAAACUGAGCUGUAUUUAGUGUGCACAGCCAUUGGACGCAAAGAAGCAAUGAAGAUCGCAAGUAGCAGCAAGGGCAAAGAGGUAGGUUGCAUGCCUCUUGGAAGUGUAGCGAUACAGCUUCAACAAUUCGACGAAUCUUUUGUACCGAAAGAAACCAAAGGAGAAGUAUUUUGUGGCUUGCCGUUGUCUAAUUUGACCAACCUUCCCUUUCACGUUAACGGCUUCUUUGCUGUUCUCGCCAACAGACGUGGAUUGUGGUGGUACAACUCUGAGGAACAUUCAGAUCGUCAUAGAAGUUUCGAACCUGAAUGGAACGAUGCUCUCAUCAAAGACGCAGUCGCCACAGCGCUUAUCAAAGGAAUGGAUAAGCUACGACAAAUAAUCAUAGAAACUCGUACCGAGAACUAUUACAGUUUGUGGCCGAACUCUGAAAACAUGUCUAUCAUGUGGGCAAAUCUCGUACAUGAAUUCUAUACCAAACUGAGGUCUAGUGAGUGUUCACUGAUGUGUACAGCCACGAAGCCGUCGUCUUGGCUUCCCUUAGGUCGAUGUCUAUUUCUUUCUGACUCUGCAAGUACGCUUCCUCAUGCAUGUUCUAUUGCAGCACGUGUUUACGAAAACUUUGUCGUUAUUCCUGCUCACGUAUUCGGCAGUCUUCAAUCAACGCACAAACUCCUAAUGCAUUCUUUGACUAACGACGAAGCUAAAUUCAUUAGCAAUGUCUUUGGAAGUGGCGCUGAUACGACUGCUGUAACUUUGCGUGAAAAGAACGACCUCACCACUGAGCUCUUGAAACGAAUCGUGAUCGGGAAUGAAUCACUACUACAAGUAUUGAAACGUACCAAAUUUGUUCCUACGUUACCUAAUGGAGUUCUUCUACGCAGUCCUCAGCAGUUACUUGAGCGCUGUGAUGUGACUAGCGAGCUUUAUCCUGCUGAAUAUUUUCCCCUUAUACAGUCGUCCAAUGACCGUGGAAUUACGCUGUGGGCGCUGAAGAAACUGGGAAUGAAAACCAUAAAUGAUUUGACUUGGAGAGAUUGCCUGAACAGAGCAGAAACUGUAGAGCAGUUAAUUAGAACAGAUGAUGCUGCUGGAGAACGCAGGAUAAAUGCGGUCCUUCAACUGGUCACGAUUUUGGAAAACAAAACGCCUGAUCCAUGCGCAAGUGAUAUAGCUCGCAAACUGAAGAGAAUAGACUUUCUUCCUGUCAUGCCAAGACCGAACGAUUAUCCAUUAGACAAAUGGCAUGCAGACUCUUGUCGUAAAGUAAUUGCAAAUGCAGAAACAUUGUUUUUCAAUAAAUACUGGAACGUCGUUGGUUCACAGGCGCUUGUUUUGGCUGCUGAGUUGAAGUUACCAAGAACACUGCAGCCUCUACGCAGUCCCGCAGUCGAUCUCAUACUUCGGCAACUAGAUCUAGUUCUUGAAGCCCUUGAUAGGAGAGACACACAAUACCAUGAACAAUUGGUAGACAUGGUUUCCAACAUUUACACUAUUCUGAAUGGCAAAGCUACCUGGAACCAAGAUGACGUCAAACGUAUUGUACAUCAUCUACAAAACCGGCCUUGGAUAUAUGUGCAAAACCGUUUACUCAAGCCUCAUCAGCUUUCGUUUCAAUGCACAAACCAAGCAAAACCGUACCUCUACGAGGUUCCUGAAACCAUGAGAAGUGUACGACAACUGCUCCAAGUCGUUGGUGUAAAACAUACGUUUGGCUGUAAAGAUUUCAUUUGGGCCCUUCAAGAGAUGCAAAAGAAUUCGUCCGGUGACAUUCUUGACGAAGACGAUCUGUCUUGUGUACAACAAAUAGUCGGCGUUCUUGCAUCUAAUUAUAUCUCAGAGGUGUCAGAACUGGGGAAAACGGUUGACGUUCCUUUGCUUUCAAAAGACAAAUGCUUGGUGCCUGCCACUAGUUUGAUGUACGAUGAUGCUUCAUGGAUGAAGGAUACUUACAAUGCGGAUGACGUAACGUUUGUUGACGACACCAUUCCUCCUCGACUUGCACUGAAUCUAGGUGUUCGACCGAUAAGGCAAGAAUUACUGCGUGUGUCAUCCAGCGACAUUCCUGGAGAGCCGUUCGGACAAUCAGAAAACCUUACUCAGAGGCUGAACAAUAUCUUGGAAGACUAUCCAAAAGGAGAAGAGAUUCUAAAGGAGUUACUGCAGAACGCAGACGACGCAGGAGCUACCGUACUCCACGUCAUUUACGACAAGCGACCGGCCAUAUGCGUUUAUAAUGAUCGACUGUUUACAGACAAGGACAUCGAAGGCAUUCAGAAUUUGGGCAGAGGAAGCAAGCGCGAGGAACCUACUCUCACGGGAAAAUAUGGCAUCGGGUUUAAUGCCGUCUACCACCUAACCGAUUGCCCUUCGUUUGUGACCGACAACGAAACUUUCUGUGUUUUCGACCCACAUUGUAGGUAUGUUCCUGGAGCUACGAAAGAGAAACCGGGUCGACUAAUACAUGACGUAAAUAAGACCUUUUGGCAUCAAUAUUCAGACAUUGCACAUUGUUACCAAACCAUACUCGGGGUCAAACUCGAAGGCGGGACGUUAUUUCGAUUUCCUUUGCGAACGGACGCUUUGGCUCAAUUUUCCGAAAUAAGUAAUUGUCCCGUUCGAGACAAAGACGUACAACGUCUGUUUGAGCAAUUCAAAGAGAGUGCGGCGGAUAUGCUGUUGUUUCUAAACAACAUUUGCUCAAUACAGCUGUAUGUCGUUGAUGAAAGAAAUAGCAUUUCUGAUUCGUUCAAAGUUUCUGCCCAAAUCGACCUCGACGCUACUCGAAAGCGAUCCGAGCUAGCGGCUGCUAUUAAAGGAUGGUCAGCACUUGCAGAGCACGAAGUACGUCACAAUGAAGCUUCUUACUGUAUGACGGUUGUCUCAGACGGAGAAAAGAAUUCUCGGCAAUGGCUGAUCUAUCAAUGUAUUGGUAAUCCGUACAAUGAAAAUUUCUAUUAUGCAAGUCAAGGGGCGCUUCUUCCGAGAUCAGGUGUUGCUGCUCCUCUUGACGAGCAGCUAGAUGCAAACCAGAGUCGCGCUUACUGUUUCCUGCCAUUGCCCAAGUCCGUCCAACCGAAACUACCUGUUCACGUCAAUGGUCACUUUGAGUUGGAUUCGAGUAGGCGUUCCCUUUGGCAAGAGUCACGAAAUAGGAAGUAUGCCCCGCCUCCAGGAAGACAACGAUGGAAUUACGAUCUCAUCCAAUUUGUACUUGCCCCGGCAUAUUGUCACUUCCUGCUAGAAGCAAGAAAGUUUGUUACAUUGCAGGAAACAGCGAGUAAAACGGAAGAUGUGCUGAAACAGUUAGACAAACGUCUCGCUUGGUUUAACCAUCUAUUUCCUAGGAUCGAUUCGUCAUCAGAAACUUACUGGCAAUUGUUGUCUCGUGAAGUCUACAAAUAUAUUCUAAGUAAGAAACUAGCUUUAUUUCUGUACAUUGGUUGUCUUCUUCCAUCGGACCGUCCUAGACUGAGUCCAGCGCAAGAUGACCGACCAAACCCAGAAGAGAGUCGUUUGGCCGACUUUGAACAGACAUGCUGUCGAAGUGUACCGGCGACUCGUUGGCUAGCAAUCGAACCGAAAAAUUCUUUGAGCCUUCGACCUUCCUACUUUUUUGAACCAAUUAGGAUAAACUCUUCAGACAAACAAAGAGUAAACAACUUUAUACUAAAGACUAUCCUGCUCAACAUCGGCAUUCCUCUAGUUGCAUCUUCAGUUCACGUACUACGUGGCUUACAAACCGCUGCUGAUCAAUCUGUUCGAGCACAAACAAUCGAACCUCCAUUUACACAACCUUCUGACCAGUCUGCUCAAGCGCAAACUAUCGAUCCCGCGAUCGUACUACUGUUCUUACGUAACUAUCGUAAAAAGGAAGUCAAUUGUAAGCUGACUGUAGAACGAAUCGAUAACACGAUCCUUCGAACAGUGAACAGUGCAAUGAUACUGUUAAAGUACGUUGUGUCAAAAGAUGAUUUUCACUUCGACGAGUUGGAAGGUGCACCACUCUUGCUGACUGCAAAUGACCAUGUAAGAGAAUUCUCUUCAAAGUUACCCGUGUACAUAUCGCGAUACAGCUCUCUGUUACCAAACCAUUCGCAAUUAUUUGUGCACCCCGACACUCACAGCAUACUGAUGUCAUCGUACGCUUCUAUCGAGGAAGCGACCGUCGUUCGACCGUUUUCUCUUCAGCAUCUAGUCGAGCAUUUGCCUUCUUCUGGGAUUUACAGUUGCAAUUGGCAACACAUCACUUCUCCCCGCUACGUGAAAUGGCUCAACUCGACGGUUGACAUAUUGCCGACAAAGAAGUGGAUAACGACGCUAUGGCGUUAUUUAGACUCAUCGGAAGGAUCUCACAAAGAUGCUAUGGAAAUUUUAAAACGGUGGCCUGUUGUUCCGAACACGACGCACACGUGCACAUGGAGGAAGUACUUAGACAGUUGGGAGUCAAAGAAAUAG